AUGGCGACGGUCGUGCCCCCGCCGUCGAAGCGCCAGAAGCGCGAGACGCUGGCCAGGACACAAACGCAACAGGAUGUUGACGCCGUCACGCCGGGCCUCGAGGGCUCCUUCAAGGCCCGCUUCGUCGACGGCGACGGCCAGCAGCUCGCCGAGGUGAUUGAGGUGCCUCUGGCCGACGCCUCGGAGAAGAACCUCACGCUGCUUCUCAACACCCUACUAGGAAAGGAAAGAGAAGACUUCCUCCCCUACAAGUUCCGCAUCCACAUCCCUGACUCCGACACCGUAAUCGAGACCUACCCCUCCAACCUCCUCGAGACCCUCCGCGCAAAUGGCGUUGCCAACCCCUUCGAGACGACAAUCACCCUCUCCGCCGAGCCGCAGGCCGUCUUCAAGGUCCAGGCCGUCACGCGCAUGGCGCACAAGAUCCCCGGCCACGGCGAGGCCAUCCUCGCCGCCCAGUUCUCCCCUGAAACAAGCAAGCGCCUCGCCACCGGCUCCGGCGACAAGACCGCGCGCAUAUGGGACACCGAGACCGGCACCCCCAAGCACACCCUCGCGGGCCACGCCGGCUGGGUCUUGUGUGUAGCCUGGAGCCCCGACGGCCGCCGCCUCGCAACUGGCAGCAUGGACAAGACGGUGCGCCUGUGGGACCCGGACAAGGGCGUCCCGGCGUCCCAGCAGGCGCUCACCGGGCACGCCAAGUGGGUGACCAACAUCGCAUGGGAGCCGUACCACCUCUGGCGCGACGGCACGCCGCGCCUGGCGUCCGCGAGCAAGGACGCCACGGUGCGCGUGUGGAUCGUCAACACGGGCCGGACGGAGCACGUCCUCUCGGGCCACAAGUCCAGCGUCUCCUGCGUGAAGUGGGGCGGCUCAGGGCUCAUCUACACGGCCUCGCACGACAAGACAGUGAAAGUAUGGGACGCCGUGAAGGGCACCCUCGUGCACACCCUCUCCUCGCACGCGCACUGGGUCAACCACCUCGCGCUGUCCACCGAGUUCGCCCUGCGGACCGGCUUCUUCGACCACACCCCCACCCCAGACACGGAGGACGCGCGGCGGGCGAAAGCGAAAGAGCGCUUCGAGAAGGCCGCGCGCGUGCAGGGCAAGGUCGCGGAGCGCCUCGUCUCCGCGUCGGACGACUUCACAAUGUACCUCUGGGACCCGUCCGCCGGCACCAAGCCCGUCGCGCGCAUGCUCGGCCACCAGAAGCAGGUCAACCACGUCACCUUCUCGCCCGACGGCACGCUCAUCGCGAGCGCCGGCUGGGACAACGCGACCAAGCUGUGGAGCGCGCGCGACGGCAAGUUCAUCACCACGCUGCGCGGCCAUGUCGCGCCCGUCUACCAGUGCGCCUUCUCCGCGGACUCGCGCCUGCUCGUGACGGCGUCCAAGGACACCACGCUGAAAGUGUGGUCGAUGGCGUCGCACAAGCUGGCGGUCGACCUGCCGGGGCACCAGGACGAGGUGUACGCCGUCGACUGGAGCCCACGGGACGGCGGGCGCGUGGGGAGCGGCGGGAAGGACAAGGCGGUGCGGUUGUGGUGCAACUGA